CACCGAUCAACAGGGGAGAGGCGGGCUGGCAGUCGGCGUGAAAUUCUACUAGACUACCUACCAAAGGGGAGACGCGGACAGCGGCGGAUAUCCUUUACGGUUUACCCCAGUUUUAGGGGCUCCUUGCGAUGGAUCCAUGGAGUGUUGCGUACGUCCAAAAGGCAGGCAUUUCCCUCCCCCCCCCUCCCCUCUCUCUCCCUCUCUAUGGAUAAGUUCACAUUGUGUGUGUAUCUGUUUGUGUUUGUUGUUUUCUCAAUUUUGUGGACGAUGGAUAUGGGCGAUGGGUCAUCCUCUUGUCCCGUGUGGAUUGAGUUAUUCGAUGAAUGGCCCCUAUAUGGCAUCGGUGCGGCAAAUAGGCGACGCCAACUGGGGAAGUGUUGGGGUUGUUGGAAGGAUGAUGAUGGUAUGUAUGGGCCGUCUUGGACGGCUAAUAGCUAACUAACUACUUCUAUGGGAGGGAGAGAGGAGUGCCAAUGUGCUUGGCUAUUUGUUCUUGACUUGUUCUUUCUUGGAUCGUCGCGUCUACGAGAUCGCUAUAUUGGCCUAUAGGAAAGAAGAGCAAGGAGCAUGAUUGAAAACACUGCAUGAAGUCAACA